CUUGAAUGUGCGUUUGUUUUCGACCUCAUUCCAUUGCUUCGAGAACAACGCCAAACUCUUCUAGUCUAUGUUCAACAACCUGUAGUGUCGUCCUGCAUAUCACAUUGAAUGACGAGGUUAAAAAGGUAUGCCGCAAUUCUUUGUAAACUUUGAAGCUUUAUAUUUUAAUUUGCGUGUUAUGUCUGGAAUAUAAAUCUCCGUUCACUUCCUCUUAUUCACUUUCGCUUUUGCAGACUGUGUAUCAUAGAAAAGCUCUAUUUAUAAAGCUUAUUAUUAUGUUGUAGUUUGCUUUUCGUGUAUUUAGUGCUUUAUUGCGUGACACUGAUCAUCUGUAACAAUCUCUUAAAUCAUUCUAAUAAGACAGAAGGCCGCAUUCUUUUUGUCAAGACAUGUCAUGAUCUGCUACGUUCAUUCAAAAAUAUAAACUCCAAGCACAAAGCCUAGUUAUUCAUUGCACAGCUCUCAUGCUCACGUCACGCUCCAAACAACUUGGUACUUUAAGUCUGUACCAUCGCAAAUGUUUUUCAAUAAGUUAUAUACUAUAUAAAUACUUCGAAUUUGGAGUCUUUGAAAAAAAAAAAAAGUAGGUGAAGCUAAUGCGAUGGAAGAGGGUAUCCUUCGGCGGAUAGUGCGUCCACGAGGAACUUCAAGGUCAAACCAUUUACGAUUUGAAAUGCAUUUCCACGUCGCUUUACCUAUCGGUGGGAAUCAACUUCUCACAUUUUGCUUUGUGAUCUAACUGAAAUAUAACAAAUUAAAUUACAGAAAAUGAAAUAAGUGGUGAAACUUUGUUGAGAUUUUAGUAGAUUAUGUUGUUUGUAAGGGAACUGCAUUAUGCACAGAGUGAGCCAGACUGUCUUGUCGCAAGCAGACGUCACGAACACGUCACGCAUGAACCACCGUGAAACCUCGAUUUGACGAAGUGCCAAGGGACUGGGGAAAUUUGGUCGUUAUAUCGAGGGUUCGUUAGUAUCGAAAACCUCGAUUUAACGAAUUUUCGGGAAAACAGGCAAAAUGUUCGUUAUAUCAAGGUAUAGUUGAUAAUUAAUUUCCAACGUCCAGCAUUUUCGGAUCUGACCAAUUUCUGUUUUAGACAUUUGAAAACGAAUUUAUUGUCUCAGUUCAGAGUUGUACAUAGCUACGCAGCGCCGUAGCUAGUAUGAGCACAGGGGGCCCACACAAUCUGUUUGUGUAGCCGAUUGUUAUUUUAUAGUAAAUGUACUGGAUUUACCGUUUGCUUCACCUAUAGCGAUAUAUCGCUAACUAUGUAUCUAAAUCAAUGAUAAAUAAACGUUGAAUUACCUUACCUGUGGUGUAUAGUCGUCCUUUUGCCUCAAAAGCGGUUUUUUGAGCGAUUUUGAAGGAGUUUGAGUUCGCCGUUGACUGUUCCAUAUAUAAGAAGGACAAGGGAGGAAUCCUUGUUUUGAAAGGGUUCCGGCGCCGGAGCGAGGACUAGCUCCGGGCCGUUUGGAUGGAUUUUCGAUUGGAAGGUACGAGAAGAAUCGUGAAUCUUUUGACCUUUAUGCUGCGAAGUUUGAAAGCGGAGCGAUGCGUUUUUUGGGGGAAAAAUCGCUCCGGCGCCGGAACCCUUUCAAAACAAGGAUUCCUCCCUUCCUCGGUAAAAUUUUGACGAAUUUCGCCGAUCAUUUUUAUUUUACAUAAGCGAUCAUCGGAUAUUUUUAACGCAUCAUGAUAUUACAAAGAAUUCAGCAAUUCAGUCAAUAUACUAUGAAAAAAUUACCAUAUCAUCGAUCUCAAGGGGCUACGUACGUUAACUCAAAUUUUUUUUGAACAAAUACUGAUCAAAACCAUUGGCGAGGUUAACGGUCACCCAGAUUAUGUAGCUUGUUUCUGAUUAUUGCUUUUUAAAUUCCACUUAAAUUAACUCGAAAAAAAGUUACCGAAAGGCCCAGAAAACGCUGCAAAUCGCAUUUCCGAGAGACUAAAGUUCAAAAUUUCUCGGAGGGGCAUGCCCCCGAACCCCCCUAGCAACUCCCGCCUGCCUCGGUUGGCCGUUUUGUCUGGCUACGGCACUGCUACGGCACUAGAAACACAAGAACAGGUAAACAAAACUAGUUAAAACUAAUGUUCAUAAAAGUUGGUCUGUUUCGCAUUCACCUUUAGCUAUCUUUCGGUCACAUGUCGACAUUUAGUCGUUAUAAGGAGGUAUAUUUAACUUUUGCGUUUCUGGACUGUGUUCGGUUAUAACGAGGAGUUCAUUGAAUCGAGGUUCUGUUCCAUACAUUUUAUUGUAAUUUUGGCCGGGCUGAAGACAAUACUUCGUUAUACCGAGGACUUCUUAAUAACGAGGUUCCAGUGCAGUACCUACUCCUACCAGGCACAUAAGACCUAAAAGUCAUCAUAAGCCCAUACGGCCACCAAAACCAAUUUUUUUUCAGAAAAAGUACAGAUAAGACACAAACAAAAAUAAAUCUCCAUUACAGUCCAGUCUAAUCUGAAAGUCGCUCUGUGAAAUUGGUCUGAAAUGUGAUGGGGAGGGGGGGGGGGUGGUCAGUCCCUUAUAUGGCAUUUACAGGGAUGUGCCCCUGGACAGGUAAUGGUUUUUGACCUCUCUGUCUUGAGCAGGGUGUAUAAUUUUGCGCAAGUUUUUCCUAAUUAUUAACAGGAAUAAAUUUGUCUGUACUCCACUACACAAAAGCAAUGACUAUAAAGUGAAUUUAAUCUAUUGCAAUUGCCAAUAAAUGGCUGAAAAACAGGACAGUGUGCAUUUUGUCCUUGCCCUUUACAAGGUAAUAAAAUUGAGGGUGUUGUCCCAAGCCGGGAAUGUAUUUUAGGAUUUUCUUUUGUCCUAAACAGGGUCAGGGUUUCAAACCCUCAGCGGCUCACCUAUACCCAAAUAAACAUAGGCCGACUACCCCCCGGGUAUGCAUGUUUACUUCUUAAGUGGCCAUUUUAUUCACAAAAGGUAACGAGGUAAUGGCACCCCUUCAAUGUUAAACGAGAAGAGAAAGAUGACCCUACCUCGCUAUUGUAGCCAAAUUCUUAUAACAUGUCAGUGUCCGUUUUUUUUUAACCGGGCUCCACUGUACCUUAGGCAAUGUUGACAAAAAAAUUUUAGCACACUAUGCUUUUUACCCCCUCUCCUAGCCUGUAUAGUAGCGCCGGUUUUUUUUUUUGUCAGUUCUUUUUAGCAGACGUAUCCGUUAUGCUGCUUUCAGUUUAGAUGGAUUUUGAACAAACCCAAGUUAUCAACGAUUUAGAGGAGAACGAAGAAGGAAAUGAAAAUGAAGAGGUAAUUUGAAAGAAAUAUAAAAUGAUAAACAUAUGGCGCUAGGAUGAUCCGCCUUCUGAGAUCUCGUGCUACUAAGAUCUAGCUUCUUCCUCCCUCCACGUAAACAACCCCUAAUUGUUUGAGUACAAACAAACUAGUAUGCGUCAUUCGAUUUGCCCCACGUUUUGGUAAAAUGUGUAAAAAUCAGGCUUUGUUUACAAAACUUUUCACGAAAACGUCGUUUGUUUAUCACAAAUAAACAACAAAAUUUUCUUACCAUUAAAAAUGUCUAUUCCGUAUUUUAUGGCCGCUUUAGUUUUUUUCUGGACUAAUUGUAUUAGUUGAUCUCCUUUCCCCCAGGUUGCACACCUGAAAGUUUUUUCUCAGCAAGGGUUCAAUGGAGCAGUAUUUCCAGUUUUUAGAGGUAUGUUAAUAUUUGUAUCAGUCUUGAGCCUGCGUACCAAACGUUUCAGCACAGGUUCGUCAAGAAAGUUGGAACAAGAGCGAAAAAGAGGGAUAAAGGAGGACUGGGGAAGGGGAGAAAAGGAACCCCUCCCCGAAAUCUCACAGUUCUUAAAAUCAGUUCGCCCACGAACGCAGCUUCUGAUUGGCGAGUUGUGGUAGUGUUGAUUGAAAAGUGAACAUUUUUCUCUUCUCCGCUCCCCCUCCCCCUUCUUCCCCUUCUAUGGCUCUCGUUCCAACUUAGGCGCAAUAUCUCGAUCGGAAACGCUUGCUGCGUAGGCAAACGCUACUUGUAUGAACUUUUGUAUUACAUUGCAGUUAUCGUUUUUACACUUUCUUGUACUCUUUUCUGUACUUCCUUUUGGUAGGAGAAAAUGUUAUUGGAAGGAGUGAAACAUGUAACAUAACUAUCCAAAAUGAGGUGAGACUUUGCCUUCUUGUAUAACAAAGGUUUUCGAGCCGAAGUAGACUUCUCAAUUAGUUGUCCGGGCGAUCUAAAGAGGGUCUCAAAUUUCGCUUUAGUGUUUACAAGGCUUUUGACUAUGGUUUCUCAAUAAAAUGUGGACAACUCUCCUUUCUAUGUGAUUAUUUAACCACUUGCAUUGAAUGGAGUAGUUUUUCUUCAUUUAGCAUAUUUUUUUUUUGUGGAAUUUGCGUGAUAGCUUCUCUUUUUCUUUUUCUCUUGGACAUUAUCUGCGAAGAAAAUACAAGCAAAGAAACAAAACAAAACCAUAACAACAACAACAACAACAACAACAAACAAAUUGCGAUUUGCUCGCUUGCGUUUUCCGGCCCAUUGGAUUGCCAUCUAGUGGAAAUUGUUCAUUACGUUGUCUGAUUCUACGUGCAAACGGACGCAACAUGUCACAACAUUUUUGACCCUAGAAUGUUGGUCGUUGUAAGAUAGUGUUGGCAGUGGUGUGCAAACGAAUGCAGUAGACCAUUUUCGAGUUUGUCAAAGCCUCUGUUUCAAAGCGAGGCCAAGUGCGAUGCCAAGGUUUUGUACUUAGCCUCGUUUUGAAAAUAUGGGGUUUUUGGAAAUCGGAAAUAGCGUAUUACUCCCAACAUUGUUCGGACUUGCAGAGCAUUUUGCCAUAGUAGUGAUAAUUAAAAGAAUCGAGGGACAAUACUGUGACACACGUGAUUGGUUUUCAAGGAGACCAUGUUUAAUGUGCCUGUGUGGCCCCAACAAUGUUGGAAGGGCUGUGCAAACCGAUCCAACGUUGUUACCUUACGUUUCGGUGAUCUCGGAACCAAAGGAAUGUUGGAAGCUGUUAGUUUCAAACUUUGCGCAACAACUCUUAACAACACGCAACAGCAUGUUAUAUGGUGUACAAUUGGACGCAACAAUUAUGUAAUUUGUUCGUACGGAGCGUGAGACUACUGCGUUAGGCUAAAUUUUUUUACUUAUAAUUUGGUGUUACGACACUUUCAUCCACACGUAUCCGUUUUUGUUCGCAAACGGAGAUUUUUUACUUUUUUUUCCAAAAAAUCGGAGUCCACACGCUGCGUUUUUGAAUCGUUUUUACCCUUCCACACGAAAACGCAUACACUGGUAACUGAGCUGGAUCCAACACCGUGACGUAAUCGCUGGAGAACGCUUUUGAAAAACUGUGUGUUUUCGGUGACCGUUUCACCCGGAUACGUGUUGACAGUAAGGAAAAUUGGAGAAAAUACUCUCCGUUUUGAAACAAUUAGUCUAAAACUGCUCCAUCCAAGAGUGAAUUUUAAAAGACGUUUAUUUUAUUAACAUGUGUUUGAAAGACGUUAUCAAAGAAGCAUGCUUGCAUUUCUGUGAAUGCGGAAAGAAACCUUCAUCUCAUUCACGAUUGUCAAAGCACCAACGGAACAAAAAAAGGAAAGGUAUUGUGCAAUAUUUUCAUGUUUCACUGACAAUGUUUAAGUGAUCAAAUUGGUUGCAUAUCCACCUCGUUAUUCUUCGUCUUACGUCAUGAUCCCUGAUCGAGUUGGUUUUUAAGAAGAGUGGAAAACAUGAGUAGCCGAAGGAAAACCCGUCAGUUAAAGAAAAACAACCAACUGCAAAAAUUCCACCCAUAUAGGCGUCGCCCGAAUCCGUAUAAGGGAGUUUUAGCAUCAACGACGGCUACGGCAGCGAAAACGUCACUUUUAAAAUGAAUUAGCGUUUUUCAAACUUUAUCGCGUUUGUUCCAAUUCACUGAAAAUGUAGAAUGUAGGCGAAUUUCCCUGGCGUUCAUUUUCUUGGGGACCGCACUCAAGUUUAGGAAGAGAAAGAAAAUUUCGUCGUCACUUGUUUACGUCCUCCAUAACACGUAAAAUUUGGCAAUUUCCCGUCGUAUUCUUGCAGCAACGGCAGAGAAAUGUCAAAAAAAAAAGCGUGAUGCACCAGCAAACUUGUUGUUUGCUUAAUAAACCUCUUGCUGUUAUUAAGUUCUCGUUGUUGUCGCUGUCGUAGACUAUUAGGGACCUUACGAUCCGACAACGGCGACGUCCAUAAAAACGUCUCUGAACAAUAGACUCCGCAUCCUUUCAAAGAAGGGAAUUUAGGUUGGAACUGAAGAGAGGAGGCCACGCCGAGUUCAGACAGAGAUGGUAGAAUGAAUCGCCUUGCCGUUCCCGUCCUCAAAAAAAACUUAAAAUUUGGUCAUAGUUGUGCAGGGACCGAAAAGAAAUGAACGAAAAAGCGUGAUGCACUUGCAGAGUUGUUGUUUUGCUAACUAAACCUAUUGCUUUUUGACGUUGCCUUUGCAGUCACCUUCGUAGUUUCGUAAAAUCCCUUUUUUUAUUAGAGAACUACAAAAAAGUAAUAGGUUUAAUGAACAAAGCAAAACUUUGCACGUGCCUUCACGCCAUUUUCGUACAUUUCUUUGCUGUCACUGCACGAAAACGACGUGAAAGUGCCUAAUUUCACGUUUGGUGGAGAACGUGAACACAAGAGAACGACUUUCAUUUUCUUUUCCUCAAUUUUGAACAGUCUUUAAGAAUUCAAAUCCUGAAAAAUUUGCCAAAUUUUGAAUUCAACGAGAUGGAAUAAGCGCGAUAUGGCGAUAAAGUUUGAAUUUGCGCGAAUUUACUUUUUAAGUGCCGUUUUGGUAGCCGUCGCAGUCAUUGUUACUUAAGCUCUAUGUUAGUUGGAGGCGAGUGUUCCGCUUGCUACUGAGCCAUACUUAAGUCUCACCAUUUACAUUCACUUCUGCAAUUUCUCUCUCAUUCAACAGAUUGAAAAUUAAUCAAAUUAGAGUCGAUUUGUUAAAAAUUGAUCUUCAAUGGAGGAUCAAAAUCCUUGGAACGGUUAUGGAAAAUCUUCCUUCCACAUCCUUAACUUAUCAAAUGUUCAGAUGUAGCAUAAUAUAAUUAUAUGCACUUCUCUAACCACUUGGAUACCGCGACUGGCCCUCCCCCCUCCAAACAAUCUUGGGAUGAAGAAACACUUUUAGGACAGGGUAAAGUGUACAGGGGGGUACAAACUACAACAUUGCUAGGGGGAGAGGGGGAAAGGGGGAAAAUUAAGGCAGAUCGUGUUAAUUGUCCGAAGAAUUUUGUCCUCCAUUUUUGAUUUAGUAACGAAUCAUUUUUAUCGAUCGGUUACUCGGGAAUUCUCCAAUCACUCAAAAUUUUUAAUGUGGGGAAUCACAAGGUUUUGAUGGUACUUAAAAAAAUAAGUACAAUUUCUAAUGAAUUAUCGAGAUUGUUGACAACAAUGAGAGUAACUUUUCAAUGUAGGGAAGGUAUAGUUUGGGCAAAUUGCUCAUAUAUUUCGGACAUUAUUUCAAAUAUAUUUGAUGUCUGGCUGGUUCGUGAUUAUUUUUGCAGUCUUUACUGGUGCCCACCGUACGAUAUGACCUUAAGCACGGUGAUAUGCUGACAUUUGGUAUUCUGGAAUGCCAGUACUUAGUAGGAGGCGAUGUACAUAUGGUGAGUAAAUUAUAUUACGAUAGGUAGUAGAUAGAUAGUUUAUCUGAGGGAUAUGUCGCACCCGUAAGGCUGAAGGAUACAUUUGCAGAAGCUAGGAAAAACAUCAGGAUGUAUGAUACUAGUGAUUUAAAAAUCAGUACUGCAGGACCAGAAAAACGACUUCUUUUGCAUCGAGGAACUGAGAACUUCCUAGGUCUUCAACUAAGAUAUUCACCCUCUAGCUAUAAUUUAUGAAGUGUGUGAUCCCAUUUACUAGAAAUUUCAGGGAGUCGUUGAAGAAAAAUAUUCUUGUGUGGCGUAAUUAAGGCCAUCCAGACGUAUUGUGGCUAAGGUUAUUUCGCACCCGGAAAGAUAAUGCUAGGAACGGGCCUUUCCUGACUGUUCCCAGUUCUUUAUUGCGAUAUUCAGGAAAGAAAUAGUAAAAUACCAGAACUGCGUAGUCUAACCCUUAUGCAUCUUACUUAGAACAAUGUUAGAUCAGUAUUUUUGAGGCAUUUACUAGGCGUGUUGUUUUUGUUUAGUUCAAGAGUGAAGAAGAUGAAACUGUCUCGGAAUCGGAUUCAGAUUCCGUGCUCCCUGACAUGACGGUCGACUUAGACGUUAAAAAGGUAUUUCUUUAAUGUUACGUUCAAGUGAGUUAACGUAUAUGUGCCAGCUUUAUCGCUAACACGGUUACUAUUUUAUUAGGCGUGUGAAAAACGCAAAGUUUGAGUCAGUUUCUUUUAGAAAUAAGGUGGUCGCAUUUAUGACUAAAAAGGCGGUUGGGAAAUUUUCAACUGAGGAUCUAAUUGUUUCUAAAGGACGGGGCAAGUGAGGCUGGUUCAGGAACAGAAUCAGAAUUAGCAAACCUAGAUGAGGACACAAAGGAGGCGCUUGAAACUAGUAUGGUGAGUUAUUUGUUUGUGUUUUGUUACAUUUAUGUCAGGGAGGACUUUCUUGGUGUGCAGUGUACAGGCGACUCUCUCUUAACGGACACCUAGAGUUGGUCUCUUCUUUUGUCUACUCCCUUUAUUUGAGUCUCUAAAAGACGGACAUCUUUCUCAGACGGACGUACACCCAAAGGUGCCCGUCUUAGAGAGAGUUGAGACUAUAAGUACCCGUUAAUUCUCAUGGCUAGAUACAAGGUACAUUAUUGUAAAUAUAUUAAUUUCUUCAGGACAUGAGAAGUGAAGCUGGAUCAGAGACGGAGUCAGAAUCGGUACUCCUACCUUUAAUCUCAACCCGUAUUCAGCAUAAAGUUGUUCUUCUUGUAGUGCUAACUGUAUUCGCCAUAGGUUUCUGAUUACAGUUCUUGCAUUGAAGCUCUUAAUUUGGGUGAGAAUACACUUUCAGAUAGGAGAUAGUCCGUCAGCAGUCUCCUAUUUGUGCGUCAACUUUCACAAAUGUACAUAAAUUAGACCAGCGUUUUGUGAAGCGAGUUGACUUCAAACUUUCAGAUAUAAAACUAGAGGGCACUGACGCUUACUUAAUGAAGUUAGGGAAAAAUCUCUCAUGGGAUUUCGAAGUGAUUUUAUUUUUCUGUAAAAAUGCGGUUUUAAAUAUAUGCUGAUAUCUCAAACGUUUUUAUUCCUACAAGAAAAUAAAUAACAUAGUCUUAAAGUUCCACUAUUCCUCAGUAAGAAUGCCAAAAACCAUAGAAAUCCGUUAAACCUUUGCUACUCAAAAAUGCGAUUCAAAAACAUAACCAGGACGCAUGUAAAUAGGUUCGGGCCACCUACGUCAAAUAAACUGAUUAAAGAAAAGAAGGGGUCAUCUUUGGGUGUCUGUUUUACCGAGCUGUCCGUUUUAUAGAGGUGUCCGUUAAAAGAGAGUCGACCGUAUGGUUAAUGUAAUAAAGAAAUUUCUAAACUCAGCCAUGACACCACUCUCGUGUAACAAAAACACUAAGGUAAUCUUUUGCUACGUUUCAUACCAUCCUAUGACACUGACAGCCGGGACAUUAUAACAAAGGAUCAACAGUUAUCCAUAUGACUUUGCAGUUUUGUUGCUUAGGCCUUGAGCCUUAAAAUCCAAAAACGUUAAUUGAAACAGCUGUAUACCCGUUUAAUUACAAUGGCUCGAAACAAGGUACAUUUUUAAAACGAAUUAUUUCGUUAAGGAUGGUGGAAGUGAAGGUGACUCGGAGACGGAAUCAGAAUCGGCACUCCCUCAGGAAAGCGCAAAGGACGAACUUGAAAUGAAUGUGGUAAGUAAGUUGCUUGUGUUUUGCUUUUUUAGUUGUAGUCCAAACUGUUUUAAGAUUUAGAGUGACAGCACUUGAUAUUUCAAAAUUGUUGUACGUCAUUUCACGAGCCUUUAGGCGAGUGAAAUUUGAAACAAUUUUGAAAUAUCACGAGUGGUAUUUAUGCCAAAUUGCACGUACAAAUCAUGCUAUUAUUUGUUUAUACUGCUACCCGCAAAAGGUUAGUAAUUUUUACAUGUAGGUAUUUCAAAUUAAGCUGAAAUGCCUCUGCUCCAAGCCAAUCAAGUUACAGAAAUUUCUCAUGUGGUAGUAUAAUGUAUAAUGAAUUGUUCUAUUAAGGACGAGGCAAGUGACUGUGAGGCUGGCUCAGAAACAGGAUCAGAAUCGAUACUUCCAGAUGCCAGCACAAAUUUAAUGGAGGAACUAGAAAUCGAGAAGGUGAGUGAGGGCUUCUCAGGCAUGAAUGGAUGUGAAAACGGCGGAUAAAAUUCAUAAAUUGAGACCUUGAAAAAGGAAAAUUCUGUCAUUGUCUGCUUAGGUCCAGGUGGUCUUUUGGAAAACGAUGUUAUUCGGUUGAAUUCUUGUUCUUCUUUUCAUCAUCAUCAUCAUUAUCAGCAGCAGCAUCAGCAUCAGCAUCAUCGUCGUCGUCGUCAUCAUCGUCAUCAAUGUUGUUGUUACGGUUUUAAAGUGAUUAACUUGGCACAAAAGCUAUUUGCUAAUAAGGUUAUUUCCUUUUCUGUUGAUAGAAAAACGAAUAUAUGCUUGCCUAUUGUUUUAGCUAAUAUGGAAUACUUAAGAAGUGUUAUACUGAGUUGUUUUAUAACGUGUGUGUGACAUACUACACAGACCUACUUUACUUUUUGCUUGAGGGCAUUAUCUUCAAUUUGAUCGCAUGUUCAGAAGAUCAUAAUCGUAUCCCUGUGCAAUUAAGCACGCACGCGCAAGUAACCGAAAAACAUGACGGUCCUAAGACAGUCCUGAAAGUCUCGUACUCUAGCAAAUGUUUUCGCCGGCAGUUGAGAAGAAGAACAGUCUCAGAUUCUUCAAAUAUCAACACUUAUUUUCGGUUCAUUUAGACAUGCGACUUUUUUUACGCUUGUAUAUGUACCCCAGGGCCGAGUUAUUCAAAAGGAGGAUAGCGCCGCUAUCCAAUAGAUAGGUAUUUGGAAAACCAGUUUCGUUAUCCACUGGAUAGAGAACAACUGGGGUGUGAAGGCCAACAAAUAAACCAUUCGAGGCUAGAAAAUCCACUUUUCAUCUUGCCUGAUUGUAUUACAAAUACAGGUUAUUUAUGCCACUGCUAUUUUCAAUUUAUUUGUAUGUAAGGACGAGGAAGAUGAAACUUCUUUCGAAACAGGAUCAGACACAAUACUCAAGCACAUCACUAGCGAGAAAGACCUGGACGAUGAUGUGGUAUGUAGCCUCAUUUAAACUUUCGUGAAACGCAACCUAAAAAUUAAAAGUGCUGGAAUAAACUUUUCUGAAUUUCUUGGUCUAGGUGUAUAACGUAUUUGUCUGCGUUGAUUUGUACAUGUUACUUUUUUACAUACGCUUCUGUUGACGCUAUCAUAUGGUCCUCUGAAGGUCGAUAAAGCGACUAUUUGAGCCCAGAGAAUCCUCUUUUCUCCUAGUCUGAUUCCAUUGCAAGGUAUUUAUGUCGCUAUUUUUCUUCAAUGUAUUUUAUGUAAAGGACAAAGGAGUUGACACUGCUUCAGAAACAGGAUCAGAUACCACGCUCCAACACAUUACUAGCAAGGAAGACCGGGAUAAUGAUGUAGUAAGUAGCCUGAUAUGAAUUUCAUUAUCAAGUAGUGCUCAGGGUAGUGCUUAUAUGAAGCUGAAUUUGCAUUGUGAUAGUUUGAAUUCUACUACUUAGUUAUGAUUAUAAUCAAAACUUGUUUCUUUUAGCGUUAAGUUUUGUAUCAUGUAACGUGGGCCAGGAGCCGAUUUAUGGGAGAUGUCACAUAGAGCUGAUGGGCAGUACUUUUUGAUUGAUGUUUUUAGCAGAAGAAAUGAUUGAAGAACUGCAAUACAAAAUACCUUAACUGAAGAGCUGCAAUACAAAACUGUUUCCCCGUUUUGGGGUUGGGUGUGGGCCUGACUACCUAUCUUUUAAAGGCCCAUUGCCAACCUUGAUGCAACGCGGUCGUUAGUUUUUGUUUUGAAAUCGCGCUAUUGAGAAUGGUGCGCUCUGGUUGGUCAACACUUUUGUCAGGCUUUCUUGCAAAAAGACAAAAUAGUCAGAGCUAGUCAGCUGUGGUCGCGUCGGCGUUGUGUCUUUCCUCAUCUGACAAAUGGUUGCAUAAUUCGCCCGCAAAGUCAGUAAAUAAGUAUUAUUUCUCAUGGAAGUGGAUGAGUUUCUUUCAGGUUUACCUGAAAGGAACGUGUACGACUCCGUGAGAUGCCGAGAAAAUGUGACAAAAUAUACACGAGCAUUCAAGUUUAUGACAUGACAGCCGCCGCAAGGAACCGUUUUUAUUUUUCAAUCAGUUCUGUGCCGUGGCAAUAGCUUUUAAUUGUUUUCCCGGAAAUGGUAAGGGAAGAUGAUGGUAUUUUGAACAGGCAAAGUUCAUUGAGUGUAUUCUCACGGCUACCAAAAGCGUUGGAUAUUUGCAUACCAAAAGGUCAAAACAUAAGCUUAACUUUUUCGGGAAACUUGUUGAAUAUUAUACCUUAGUCUUGAAUAAAACUUUUAACGAUAAUCGAAUAUUAUGAAAGCAAGGAAGGCUAUUCAGCAGAAAAUGUAGCGUGAAAAUUCAUGAGGUGAUGGCAAACAACGCUUAGAAGAAUUAUUUAUAAUAAGCUCACAUUUUGUGACAGGUUCGUCGCAAACCGCUCGGGUGAAAGAAGUGGUUUAGAACAGUAGCGCGGCUGACAAUUGUUUUGAACGGAUAACCCGAGCCGUUCGAACGGAUGACGAUUUUUUCGAACGGACAGCCCGCGGCGUUCGAAAGGAUGACAAUUUUUCUCGAACGGAUAACCCAAGCCGUUGGAACGGAUGAUGAUUUUUUCGAACGGAUAGCCUGGGGCAUUCGAAGGGAUGACAUUUGUUUUUCGAACGGAUAACCCUAGCCGUUCGAAUGGAUACCAAAUCUUUGGAAAAGCCUUUUACAACUAUCAGCAAUUUCGUGUAACAUGAAAUUCGCGAGAUUUGUGUUCGCAUCGCGCAAUGCAUCAAGGUUGGCAAUGGGCCAUUAAAAAGCCACUGUCACGAAAACAAGAACUAUAGACCAUUGGGAAGAUCUUGUGUCUGUCUCGCCUAUGCGCCAGUUGGUGCGAAGGACAGUGAUGAUGAUUCGCCACCCCUAAUAAUGAUUAUCGUUCGUUGCAAACUUUUCUUCCUUUUCAUUGGCUGAGAGCCCACCAUAUGACCUGCAAAUAACUGCCUACAAAUAAUGGUCUGCUCAUGCGCAAUGUCGUCCAACUGUGUUUCGCUGCAAAUAAUAUUCUGCUCAUACGUAAACCACGCUUUUCUCCUUCGUGCGAUCGCUCUUGCGUGAAAAUGGCAGAUCGCUUCGCUUCCUGAAGAUAUUCAUUAAAAACAAACUCGGUGAUCGCAUGAUAAAAUAAUUAUUGAACUCGAUCAUCGCAAAAUAUCGUGAUUUGUCAGUGUCUCGCAGAUCAAUUAAUCAAAUAAUUGAUCUGGGAGACAUUGGCAAAUCACGAUAGUUUGCUCAACCUCGUCCACUAAUUGUUAAUCAGGGCUGGACCUUAUUUUAAGAAGACCUGUCAGAGUAGCAAGUUUAGCGGUCUGGGAUUGAUUUUUGCUAUAACCUUUAGCUGAAUUUGUUUCUCGGUCUUUCAGAAUUCAAAUUCUCGGUCAUGCUUGUGACUCCUGCCAGUUGGGGUUUUUAAUCCUGGUGUGUUGCAUUUGUAUUUAUUUGUUUCGGAUUAUUUGAGGGAAGCGGCUGUAUACUAAGUACAUCAGCUAAGUGUAUUUCACUAGAAACAAAGCAUUUACCUUCCUCUUAUUUUAUGAAAUUUUCGCGACUUUCCAGUCUGUCAUUAUUCAUCACAUGUCGGUUUUGCGCGAAGAUUCAAACAUGAUAAUCCCAAGUGGUAACAUUUCAGCGCAACGCUUUGCUUCAUUUUAUUGUUGUUGGUUAUUUAUUGUUUAAGGAAAGUUCGCCGGAAAUGAGCCAGGACUGCAAAUGGUGUUCACGGCCUCGUUUCAUGAGAAAAUUGCUACCGGACUAUGUAAAUAAACCUCUUUGUGAAUGGCAUGAGGUGUUGCUGGAUCUUUGCUAUUGUUUUAACUGUGUUCAAGAAUAUCACAGGCUCGCGGAGGAAUUGAUACAGCAGAAGUCAGAACUCAAAAAAGUGAGUAGUGUUUUGUCUACUGAAUUAAGCUACAUUAAUUGCUGCAGUUAAAAAUCUCUUAUUCUGAUUGGUAAAUGGCUUGGACCCUUGCUUUUGGGAAAAACCGGCAGACUGAGUUAUUGACUUAAAUUACGCGUUUUGCAUUGAUUAUGCUCACACAAUGUUGUAGCGCACAUGAUAAGUCAAUCACAUAAAGGAUUCGGGAGAGAACCUUUCCUUGCGGGAACAACGCGGGAAAUCCCGAGCGGGGCAAUCUUACCCACUCCGGUGGCAAAUCAGAACUCCGGAUUCGCUUCAUCUUGCCCGCCCGCGGAUUCAGCCAUUUACUAAACUGGAUUAUUGCCUGGUUACCCGCAGAAGAUUAAUCUGGAAUCUGGCUGUCUAUUUUUGUUAUUGUUGUUGUUUGACGUAAGUCUAACUUGCGUGCCCCAGGGAAUUCAUGAUGAAAGACUCUUUUAGUUGUAUACAGUGUGCAGUAGCAGCAAUGACGCGAUCACAAAAGCUACGUAUUGUGUUGCUGUACUCAACUUAAUAUUUCGCUUUAGAACUUCCAGAAGUUGGAUAUUGAGCGGCUCACUCAAGUAAUAACACAAGCCUUAGAAAAUGCGGUCGAUAAAAAGGUGUUUGAUCCGUCAUUACAGGUUUGUUUGUUUGUUUAUAACUUAUUAACUUCUUGGUAGCAAUCGUAACUUGAAAUAAAAGCUCCCUUUGCUAAGAGACUAACAGGUUGGAACAGAAGAACAUCGAUCGGUGACAGCGCGUUAGUUUUGCUGAGGUCAAACUGAGAAAGCAGUGCUUGAAGGUGCUAUAGACUACAAUUUUUUUCCUUUCUGGUACAUAGUAUUCCUACGCUACGUGGUUUGCGGUUUUCCUAUUCUCAGGCCUUCUCGUGGCGUUACUUUAUUAUAUUUUUUUUUCAAAGGAUGCUGUUUUUCCUAUUCUCAGGCCUUCUCGUGGCGUUACUUUAUUAUAUUUUUUUUUCAAAGGAUGCUGUCAAGAGGUUGCAAGUUCACCUCACGGAGCUCUUGCGCUACCCAUAUCUUCUACAUCGUGCGUGUCUGGCUGACCUGUUUACCAAGGGAAUUAUCACUCUUAACCAGUGCGGUUCUCCACUGAGGUUGGAAGAAAAGCUACCGGGUGCAUAUCUACUACUGGUUCACCCUGAUAUAAAGGUUGGAGCAAAUCAAGAGAUCCUAGUUUUCUUUUACAUUGUUCGAUAAAAUAAUGCUAACAAAAAGUGUCUCAGACAAAGCUAAAACCAUCUACACUUACUUUGAGUCACAUACGUCCCUAAUUCCCCAAUUACCUCCUAUCCAAAACUUCAAUGGUCAUCUUUUGAUCAAUAUUUUACAUUUAUUUCCAGGUUCGUGCUUGGGCAGUUAGAUGUGUGAGAGACUUGGGUCUUAUAAGUCCGGAUGAUUUUGAUCUCCUGGCUAACGUUGUUGGGUGGAUGAUAAAUGUUGUUCAGUUCAACUUGUUUGAAAACAUAGACGCAUUAUCACCAGAGAACACAGAUGCUGAACUACCUUUCGAUUUUUUACCUCCUCAUCUAUUCAUAUCACUUACCAGAAGAGAGUAUUGGCUGGGUUUAUUUGUCUUGCUGCGGCAGAUGGAUGUCUCAACGGUGAGGACAUACUUCACUAAUUCUACUGAUCACGCAACGUUCCUGGGAACAGUGUUGUCGUUAAUGGAAACUGAAAUAAGAGGUAAUCUUAUCUACUUCGAUUUGUUUACGUUCAUUGCUUUAUUAGACUGUUAUCAUCAUUUACUAACUCGGAAGGCCCUACAUAUCAUUUAUAUAUUGGUGUCCGCAAUGACAUCAUCAAGCACCAAGUUACUUGGUCCGUUGAUUUGACUGUUUUUGGAGCCGUAUUGGCGAAAAGGAAAUUCUUUUGGCGAUGAAUUUCGACGGCAAAAGUAUUUUGAAGAGAAUAUUGAAGCAACUGGACCAUAAGUUUCAAAAUAAGUGCAAAAAUCGAGGUAAAAGGACAUUUGUCAGUGCGUCUCACUAAAGAGUUUGCUUAGGUCGCCGGUUAUGCCUGUUUGUAGGAAGUGCAAGGGUUUGCGAGAUAUGUAUUUAUAGUAAUCAUUGAAAAAAUCAUUGAAAAAACUACAUCAUCGAAUCAUUGAAAAAGCUAUAUAAUUAUAUAACACUAUAACACUUACAAACUUAGCAUCUUCAUUAUUUGUAGAGGAGGGUGCUUUCUGGCCAAUGUUGCAGUGUUUUGUGGUUUUGCUUGAAAGGCUAGAAAACAGAAUUUGGCAAUUAUCAUCUCUUGAUUUCAAACCCGAUGCCCUGUUUAACUUCAUAACAACACAUUGCGUCUUCACCAAGUAUAUCCAACUAUGGCAGGAUGAGAAUGAACUACUCUGCAGACAAGACGACGUACAUGAGAUAUCGAGCAGAGAUUUCAUGAGAACUGAGGGGGUGUCUUCUUCCCACCUUUCCAAUGGCCGUUUUCGUAACACAGCGUUAGCGUGGCUUUAUCCUUUUGUUCAGUCCCUUCUUGACUUUGAUACUGGUGAAGAUAACAUAUCUGAGGUUAUCAGAUAUCUUCAUAAUAUGGCAGGUUAGAGGCAUCUUCGAUUGUUGCUGUAGCCCUAUAAUAAUUUUUUCACGUUAUGUCGCAUGGAUUUUACUUUUUUAUAGUAAUUACAUAUAAACACCAUUUGGACUAGACCAUCCUCCUUCAAUUUAAUGAGAAGCGUGCUAACAUGGAGUCGUAGUGCACAGGUCAUCACCCCUUUAUGAAAGUUAUACGAAUGGAAAGGAAAGGAAACCAAAAGAGAAUGAGCGGAGAGAUCGAAUCGCCAAUACAUCACCCUCUCAUUUUAAAUUUAGUACGUAACAUUUUCUAAGCGCCCUUGUCGCGUUUAUCUCUCUCCUGCAAAAUCUUAAAUCUUACUUGUUCCGACUUUAAUUUGCCUUUUAUAACAAAUUCUGAAUGGAACAAUUGCAUGCCUAGAUGUGCGACAUUUUUCUUGUGGUAGUGAGAUAUUAAGUGGGAAAAAAGGCGAAAAAAACCUCCAAAUAUUGCUCAGAGAUGCCCAUUUCCACAAGAGUCAAAUAACAAUGUGUUGGCCGUUUUUUGUGCUAAGGACGCAUGAUCCGCAGUCUUCCAGCUAAAAGAUGGGUCUCGGGUUAAUGACCCGACAAAGAAGGCUUCCUGACCCGACAGAUGACAUAUAAGUAUUAAGUUAAAUAUAACGAAAAAAAUUAGCACGUGGUCUUGGUGACCCCUCAAAUGGUCUACAUGAUCCUUCGCUUGAAAGAAUUCCUCUGGAACGCUGGAUCCGUCGUGUGUGAACGUGGGCAUGCACAAGAGUUUGAUCUUGUGACGUCCUUCUAGUAUUAAGUCAUCUUUAGUAUAAUAGUGGCGAUUGCCGAUGUCAUCGGAAACCUGAAAGAGAAAGAUAGCCAGACAACCAAUGGUCUCUUGUAACUCUAGUAUGUCGUCUUUGCCAAAAAAGAUCCUUGAGGGAAGCUUGGUCGACAGAAGAGAUGGACUUAUUUUAAAAGCUUGUAUUCGAACAUGAUUUACGUAAUAUAUUGACACAGUAUUUGACCUGAAAAGUAAAGUCUAGUCCAUUUCAUUUCAGCUACCUGUUCUCUUCAAAACACAUUCAAACAAAGGGUUUUAUCUUCCUUAUUGAACAUUAUUGGUCACUUGCUGACCAAGCGAUCUUCACUCCUGCUUCCUACCGUUCGUAUCUGGGCCAGUGAUCUGGUGGAUGUAGCAGUUUGUGGAUCAGUAGAUAGCAGGGUAAAACGAAUUGUUCCUAACUUUUUUAACACCAUAAAGAUAUUGCCACUUCUUUAUUGCCAUGUAAAUUCGUGCCAAAAUGUUAAAUGGCUUGCGUUAAGAUACCCUGUCGUAAAGUCUCUUCUUCUUUAAAGCAAGAUUCUACUGACCCAUCUAGGAGAGUCUCUCUCCCUUCCAUGUAGACAUGUCCUAACUGUAUCAGAAAUUUGAAUCCAUAAGCAUCCUGACUAGUUUGUAAAUGUAUUCAAUAUUAAUUUCGAUUUUGCUACAUUACAAUUUUAUUAUGCGAAUCAAACCUACCCUAAACAAUUCCUCAGUAAAUGAGAACUUUAAAAAGUGACAUCAUUGAACUCGUCUUUUUCUAGCUUGUGGAUCUGACCCAAAGACUGCUUCAGCAGAUUUUACAAGUCGAUUUCCCUGGACCAGCAAAUCUGUCUCCAGAAAAUAAACAGCAAAUCAUCUCACUUCUGGUUCAGACUUUUGAGGUAGUUAUUAUUUUACCUUUGGCCUCCUCAUGUUGCUCUGUGGGACCUCUAGGCUCUCUGACUAGUAGUAACAAAAACCGAUUUCCAAAGAAAACGGAAAUUGGAUAACCUUGUAUUUUUCCCUCAUUUUUUCAUCCAAGUGACGUAUGGUAGCUCAGCGUUAGCUAGAAACCACGUGAUUUCAUUAUUGUACAAUUGUGAAGCUCACUAUGACUAAGUUUCCCGGGAUGAAUUUGAUCAAAAUUUUUACGGGUGUAGUUUACAAUUGUGGCUGUUGUUUUCUGACUCUAAAACAAUAGCCAAUUCUUUACAGUAAAAGGUUGUUAUCCCCUCAUAGGUCCCCCAAAAGGCCUUGUGAUUUACCAAAGAAAUCAUGACAAAGGAAAACUUGUACCAAAUUAUCUCUUUCCAAAACAACAAAGCUAUACGACACAUUAAAUAGUUUAAAUAUCAUUUUCAAUUUGCCAAACAGUCUUUCUGUUUUUUUUUUCCAAAUUUUAUGACCGUGUAUGUUUUCUCCGCUUUUAUGAUUGUCAUUUUCUUGGUAGAAUCAGCAACUACAGACUCCAGAGGUUACCGCGCCUCUGAAGGAAAUGAAAUUUAGCCAAACAAACGAUCUGGACAGUGAAUUCCAACAAGGAAACACCGAUCUUGCUCUUCAAUCCUCGAGAAAGCGUAGUGGAGUGUCAAGUUCUGAAGAUGACAGCAGUGAAAAAGAGCACUCAGUUCCAAUUAAACGGUAAAACGAACACGUGUCAUUUAGCUUCAUUUGCGCAUUACCUGUUGGUACAAACAAUUUAAAAGGUUGAUCAACUGCCUCUUCCCAGUAGCACGAAGGACGCAUAUCGCAUGGUAUUUACCUGAUAGUAGUGGCCUAGUUGCAAGAAAUGUGUUAGGCUGAGGUGUGGUUCAGGGUUUUUGAUGAUAGCCUCUCACCGCGCCCCUCGCCGCUCUCAGCCUUUUGUUGAUAGCCCAGUUCGAAGUCUAACUUUAGGAAAUAAAAUUUAGUGGUAGGUGAAAGUUUGACUGAAAUGAAUAGGUAGGUUUUGUAUUCUCUGUUAGGUCAAAAAAGGCUUUGCAAAUGAAAGAAAGCGCUACGGAAGAGGGCAACCUGGUAAACAUUCCCAGAAUUAGCAAAGCAAUGGUUGCUGAAGGUGACGACGAAAGUACAGAUGAAUGCAUAGACGAAAACUGGGAAAAUAAACCCAAAAGGAUGUUUAAGCUGGAAAGCGGUGAGCUGUUUUUGGAAUCUGAUAGAAUGGCAACUAAGCCAGUAUCGUAUUGUGUCUUCUAUUUGUAGUAAAAUAAGCCAAGAUUUCAGUUGUUAACUUUCCAGACACAUGAUUUUCAAUUGCACCUAAGGCCUAAGUUAACUGUCAAAUUUCACAUAUGGUGAACCUAAUGCUAAUGAGCAGGAAUACAUUUUGCUCACUAGCAUUUGGUUACAUACGUGAGAAAGGUUGACGUGUGAUUCCAGCCUAAAUUUGCCCAAGUUUUAAAUGUAAAAGAGUUCAUAUAAAACGAGCACAUGUGUUGUUCUCACCACCAGGGACUACUUCAGAACAACCAGUAAUCGUAGAUGUGUCGAAUGAAGAGAACAGCAAAAGGCCUGAACGGCAAAAGUCAGCCUUACAAGAACUACAAACUGAUAUUGGAGAUGCUUGCUCAAGUAAUAAAAACGCUGAUGAAUUUGAUGAGGAAAGUUUACUUGAAAUAAUGGGUAAACCCGACUCCCCCUCAAUAGAGUGUGAAUUAAAUGUACGCUCUGGAAAUCAUGAUGGGCCAACUCUUGAUUAUGUUUCCAUCAAAGAAGAGUUCUCGAAUGGGAUGUAUGGCUCAGAUCAGAAGCCUUUCUCCUCUACCCUGAAAAGCACAGUGGCAAAUUCAAGUAAUAAAAACGCUGAUGAAUUUGAUGAGGAAAGUUUACUUGAAAUGAUGGAUAAACCCGACUCCCCUUCAAUAGAGUGUGAAUUAAAUGUACGCUCUGGAAAUCAUGAUGGGCCAACUCUUGAUUAUGUUUCCAUCAAAGAAGAGUUCUCAAAUGGGAUGUAUGGCUCAGAUGAGAAGCCUCUCACCUCUACCCUGAAAAGCACAGUGGCAAAUUCGGCUUCGCCUUUUGACGCUUUUUUUCAUAAAGCAAAGGUGGAAGCGGUUGAAAAUGAAUUCGACACUGUUUUAUAUCCUGAAAUGAAAGAUAUCGCAGCUAAAGUGGGCGAUGAUGUCAAUAGUGGGCAGUCACAGCCUCCUCCUCAGGCGCUUCGUUUUACACAAGGUAGAGGAGCGACUGGUGAUGAACUGCAAGAGACCAUAGGAAGGGUACACACAGUUUCCCGCCUUCCUUUGCGCGCAGAGAGACGUCUGGGUACGAGGCAGGAGCAGUCAGGUCGUGAGGUCGGUGCAACAGGAUUUAGUGAUUUACAGCAAGAUUUGCCGAUCAAUGUUGACGCCACCGCAAGUGCGUGUCAGAUGGUACAAGGAGGCGAGCAGAUUGGAAGGGAUCCGUCAUUCAAAGACGACAAUUACAAAGGAUACAGCAAUUUGAUUCUGAAUCCACACGGCGAUGCUCUUUCAAGCUUAGAAGAAGAUCUUGAAGACAUAUACAGCACUCAAAGCGACAUCGAGGAAGAGAUCAACGCCAUUCCUCGCGAUACGGACGUUCAAGCUGAAUCUGUAAGCAGAUUCUGUUUUAAUCAGUUCCAUGAAGAAGCUCCCGGUGAAACUCAUCUGUCUGGAAAACACGUGAAACAUGCAUCAUUUGCUGAUGACAAAAGUCCAAUUAAACACACUUUCAUUUCCGCUCAGCAGGAACCUGCAGCAGCUAUCACAACGCCACGAAAAGUUCUUAGAGAAGAAGAGUUUUUCCGUACGAUUCUUCGAUUGAAUGUUGCGGAUCUUGUUUACCCAGAACGAAAUGGAAGAGCUCACGCCCCACCCAGAGGACUGCCCUCUGUUUCUGGGCCAGUCAAAACGUGUUUUGAUUCCAUUGAUCAGUAUUAUGACACUUUCAAACCUUUGUUUUUCUUGGAAAUUUGGGAGAAGGUAGGUUUGCUUUCACACUGUUGAGUUGAAGUUAUCGUUUUGUACGGAAACAUAGUUGUCACUAGUACUAGCCUGCCUUUUCAUAAAAUUGCCAUAUUCAGUUGUCGGUUGACAACUGUAAGCUAUUGGAAAUUUUGCAUCUAAACAUCACUUCAUGAAAGAGACUUUUUAGGUAGGACAUGCUUCAUGAUUAGCGUGUUGAGUAUAGUAUACCAAUCAACCCACGCAUAAAGUUAGUGCGUUGAACUUAUGUGAAGUUUACAGUCCAUUUUCCAAAAACUGGUAAGCUGAAAUUGUCGCUUUAUGAAUGAUGAGCACCAAUUAACAAAACCUGACGCAGAUACAAACAACGCUUCUAGGCUUGCUAGCUUAAAUAAGUGCAAGACAUCUGACGUCUUCUUUAGUGGUAACGGAUAAUAGUAGCUUACUUGUCUGUAAGUAGGGAAUCCGUGACUUACGCCCUAACGCUGCAUUGUCUUUUGCUUAGAUUUCUAACCGUUGGAGAGACAAAAAGGUGGAUAAGAAGCAAGUGGACAUGGAGGUUUUAGACGGAAGCACGUCUAACAGCAUUAUUCCAUGCAGUGGUUCCAUAACCGACCAGCAAGAAAGAAAAGCAUUGUUCCCGAUACAGAGAGAUUUGGUGGUUGUGAAUCUAAUCGAAAGAGGACCAACAGGUAAAGGAUGUUGGUGUUGGAAAUUUUCAUUCUUACGCUUUUUCUCAAUUUAAAGCAAUACUUGUGAUUUAUUUUUAGCUUACGCGUGUUAUGUUGAAACGUGAGCAAUGCCCCGGCGUUGUCCUCCAUCGCUCCAGCUUCGUUAGUGCGAAAAUAAAAUUACUCUGGUGCAGGUAACCUCCAUCGCGGUCAAAUGCCAGAGGCGAUUCUUGGUUUUAAUUAUUUAUUGGAAUUUCAUUUACCGCUAACUAGAAACAUGAACAACAAGGAUGUGUAAAAUAAUUAGUUUGUUACUAUUUUUGCAUUUUCCCUAAAUUAAUGAGUACCUUUUCUUUUAAUCUCUUCGCGCCCUAGUGACAUUGUGUCGAGAGUAUUGGAACAAACGUUUUUGGCACAACUUCAAAAAGUUUCAAAAAGUAAAUCAAGGGGGUAUUGGCAAAAUAUUAAAAUUUGAACAGCAAAAGUCAGUAACAACCUUGGUUUUGAAGUACUUUGCUUAGCUUUCCCAAAUUUCUGUCGCCUGACCGCGGUGAAGACCUAAGUACAGUAGUACUCAUGCCCCAGACCGGGCAGCUGUAAACUGAUAUCCUAAACUGCUUUGCCGGAUCGGUAUACUAUGGGCCUCUCUUAGAACGCUUGAAAUUAUGCCGGCAUAACGUAUAAAACGCUAGGCAGAAGGGAAAAGGCGGAAGUCAAAUUGCAAAUUGCGUGACGUUUUACAAAGCAAGCUUUUAGUGCGUUUUAUAGAUUGAAAGAGUGAACAAAGGGAUGAUUUCUCAGACUUGAAAGAAAUUAAAAGACAACUCCAGAUUAGAGCUCGAUAUUUUGAUUUUCUCUAUUAUUCCCCAAGUAAUAACAGCUGGCAAUGGGGCAUGUGAUGUAUGGUAUAGGUCACACAUCCCUAAACGUCUUGAUUCGUGGAUUUACGUUAGCGCAGGGCUAGUGUAUAAAAAGUGAGCUUGGAAUGCUACUUGAGGUAGCCAUUGUUUUAGGAGCUCUGCUGUGGGAUAUGUUUACUUCAUCACAACACAGUUACGGUUUACUAACGACGACCGAGCUUUUUAUUUUUUUGGCUGGACCAGAGCACUUUGCUGUUGUUUUAGGUGUGUUCCGUUCAAGUCCUGGAGUCUUUGGUAUCGUGGAGACAGUUGACGUCAAAAAAGCUGGUAAGCAGUACCUAAGUGCAUUGAGAGACCUUUUCUGCACGUCAGAGAACGAAGGCUUGGUUUGAUAAAAUAUGGUGUCCUGUACGAAACUUUCCACCCAAGCGUCCACCUCGUUACAUUGCGUGUGCUUCCUGGAUUGCAAUAAGGAAUGGGUCUAUUCGUGGACUUGAAAGAUUAUCAAAUCUUUCAAGGACGCAUACUGUUGAGGCACAACAAUGUCGUUUUACCAAAGUUUACUUUACGGAAAGGUAGGGGACUGUGAACAGUCUACCCAAACUGAUGUAGGAAACUACUGCGUAUCUGUUAAAUGGAAAUCAGGAAUCACGUUUCUCGUAUGUCUCUAAGGAAACGCCAGAAGUGUUUUCUCCAUAUAGUUUUUUUGGACAUUAUCUGUUUCGAUGAAACAAUGAAUAUAUCAGUGAAAAUCUAUCUUAGGAACUGCUGGUUAGUUAUAGAUGCAAGAUAUUCAUUAUCUCCUCAGUUAUCCUUUCAUGGGUUUAUAACGAACCAACUCAAUGACCUGCUUCCUUAAUUUUUAGCUCAAUUUGCAGAGCGCUGCACCGGUAUCACACUGGUCAAGGGUCCCACUCCCGUACAAUACUGCACUUUUUCACUUUGUCCGCAGUCGCAACUGCAAUAGUUGCGUCUAUACCUGGUAUGAUCCUCUUUCAUUUAAUUAUGUGUUUCAUUUGUCAACUUUAGAUGUUUGUGGUAAGUUCAGGCUCACCUUGAACAUCAGAACUGCUUCAACAUUUCGACCAAAGCGAGGAAGCUCCCUGGAGGUGAAAUUUGUGGCUUCGUUAUUGACAGCACUACGAUCGUGGCGUGGUAUGAUGUAUCUUAGCAAGAGCCUCUUAGCUCGUCACAUCCUGAAACCGGGCAAAGCAGAAUACUUUUGUUCGAGUCAUCAUCAAUACCCGGCGCCCGAAUCCGAGGUACUAUAAGCAUUACGUUACUGCUGUAUUUGUAAAUUUGAGUUUUCCUUUGAAAAGCAACUGAUGUCGAAUUUCAUGUAGUAAUAGUGGAAGACAAAGUUUUAAAAUAGUUCUGUCCUAAACUACCGCUGAUGAGGUUUUAUUCCUAUCAUUGUUACACCAAAUGAUUUUGUUCAGUUCACAAACUCUUUUCAUACAACUCCAGGGUAUAGAAGUCAAGCCCCAAGGAUGAGGCCUGGUUUCUUUACUGUUUUAUCGUUAGUCCAGCGCAACGCUGUUUAUGCCAUAGCCGUUAGCUGAAGUGUGACUACAAGAGACUUUGCAUGUGACAAAACAUUUUUUUAUGAAAUUACGUAUACAGUUUUCUCUAAGAUGGAUGUAUAAGAUGUUGCAGCCAAAGUAAUAUUUGUGUUGCCCGUGAUUUAAUUUUUAGGAGUACAAUGAAUUCCAGGCAAAGGCUAUCUCCAUUGCAACAAAUGCUGUGCACAUGGCAUUCCCGAUUCCACGGAUUUGCAUGUUACAGGGUCCUCCAGGGACUGGCAAAUCGCACACCAUUGUUGGCAUUAUCAAGGAGAUCUUAAAUGUAAGUCCGAGAUCCUCUUCAUUAGUCUGAGAAAACAGCUGACAUAUGGCGACGCCACCAUUGGUUUCCUUGCGGAAUGACGUCUGAGGAGCGACCGCAGAAAAAAAAAACAUAAUGAUGACGUAUCACUACCCAGAUCUGUGAAGGGCUUUUGAUUGGAUGAAGCAAAUUUUAAACCAAUCAGAAGCACUAACCAGAUUUGGGCACUUACAAAUGUCGUCUGUUUUCUGAUCAGGCUACCUCUUUAUAUGAACCUGAACGAUUGACCAGGUUAGCCAACCGGGCUGGUCCGGUUUCUCCUGUGAACACCUUGAAAAUUUCUGUUAUAAGUGAAACAGCAACGAGGCGAUACCUUCACAUCGAGUCUGGUUGACCGGGGUAGUGUGAAGAGGCCCUGAAAGUGUUUGAGUUUACUACCUGUGGUAGAAAAAUAUCAUAGUAUAUGAUCACCAACUAAAGAUCAAGGCUGUGGAAAGUUGAUAAAAGGUACUAAACGUGACAAAUGAGGGUGUGUUUGAUACAUUCAAGAGCUUGUUACUUUUAGUAAAAAGGUGGCUAUCCUUUUUACCUUUCAAUUUACCGAUGAACUUGACACAUUAGUGAUUGCUACAUGUUCCAAUUUUAUCUAACAGAAAAAACUGGUCCAAGUAAAUAGAUGAAUACAACUAUCAUUUUUCUUAAAUUAAUCAAUAGCGGCCACAGGAAAAUCACCAACCUACAGCCUCGGGUCCGUUUGUCGGACAUCAAGCAAGCAAAGUGCGAAUUUUGUUGUGUGCACCGUCUAACGUUGCCAUAGAUGCAUUAAUUGGCCAAAUCGAAGCGGCAAGAAUUCAUCUAGACAAUGAAAAUAGAAGAGGUUGCAGGCAAGGUCAGUUUAAGAAAGGUUAGUUUGAAGUGUUGUGAAGUAUUUUGUAGGUUGUUUUCAGUUUAUUUCAUGUUUGUACUUGAAGUUUCACUCAUGACUGCAGUCUCGGUAUGAUUAAGUUUCUAGAUCAAGGUUAAUGUGUAUUUGUAUCGACAGGUUUUUGAAUUCCAUUUACUUUUUAAGGAGAUUUCAACAUAAGUGUCAGUCCUUUAAAUGGACACGUUUUGAGAUUAUUGCUACCCUUCAUUGUUCUCUACCUCGUUGGUUUAGCAUUCAAGCUUACAUUGGUUUUCAUGUAGUUGACAUUAUUAACCCUAGAAGUUUGUUUAUUCCACUUUGGUUAUCUACAGGAAAUACGUUUAAAAGUGCGUUCGUAUCUCUCAUGGUCAGCAAUCCUGAACGUACCAACACUUAAGUAAUUUAAUUGGCCAAUAUUUGACACAGUUAGUGGUUGAGCUGUAGUAGUUGAGUUGAUGCUGUAGAAGAAAACAUAUGAACUACUGUAAAGAAUAAAGAACGGCAAGAUUUAAACCAGGUUCCUGGUACCUCUUCGCUAAACAAGCAAGUUGCUCGAACACCCCCACAUAUUUGGCGUUCGUGCGAGAUUUACCAGGAUCGUUGCCCGGGUUCUCCACCAAAAUAUAUGGGGUUGUCCUAGCAACUCCCUCGUUUAGCAAAGAGGUACCAGGAAUCUGGUUUACAUCUUGGCGAUCUUUACCAAUAUGGAUUAACUGUGAUCUAGAAACCUAAUCAUAAAGAGACUCUAGGCACGAGUGAAACUUCAAGUACAAACAUGAAGUAAACUAAAACAACCUACAAAAUACUUCACAACAUUAGUAAACAGAGCCACGUUUAAUUCUCAACGGAAACUUGGCAGUGCCAAACGUUUAAUUAAUAAAACCGCUUGGGUUGUCUAUUUAACUGGCACGAUCAUAUCCACUUUCAUAAAUUCAUCUCAGGAUAAAGUUUCGAGCAAAAUUCGGAAUCUUGCGUCCACAUCUAUCGAUAUAGUUACUUGGGCACUUGUCUGCGACGCAUGCGGGAAUUGUUGAUACUGGUCACUGGCGGACCUGGGCCUCCCGCCGAUUGACGUCUUUAGCUUGGUGCAAACAGGCGAUAGCUUACAUCAUCCAACCAUCAUCAAUACAAAGGGUAAGAGUGUGCGACCGAGUGCUAUGCAGUGUCCUCAUUCACGCCCCUUUUCGGUCCAACGGGAUUCAACCGAAAUGAUUUUGUUUUUCCCUCAAGACACAUAAUGCUUAAUGAUAUUUUCGUUGCUCUAUCUUAAAAUGGGCUUGUCAUCCCAGUUUAAUAAAGUCUAUCCUCAAUUAAUCAAUCAAUUAAUCAAUCAAUCAGAUCCGUUUGACAAGCAAGGGAAGCGAUUUGAGGUAUGCUUAAUAUGUAAUGAUUUUUAUAUCUUUUUUCCUUUAAAAUAAGCACUCUCAAACAAUUGCGGCGAUUUGUUUCUGGUACGAGUUGGCCGUAAGCACGAGAUCCUACCAUCAGUCCUCAAGUUUGGAUUGGAAUGCCUGACAAAGCAGGUGCUGGAUAACGAACUUGUUUCGGCGACAGCAGGACAACUUGCCAAGAAUUCUUCCCACGAUUAUUAUCGUCACAAGGUAUUCUAUUUUUCCUAGUUGGUGAACAUGUAACUUUUAAGACUUGGUACACCGAUAAAGUUGAACUAAUGCACUGCUAAAUAAUAAAAUUUGUCAUUUUUCAGUAAAAGUAAUGUUAAGCACCACUGAACAUAUUUGGUUAGUCAGUUGAUUACCACUCUAAAGUUUUGAUCGAGCAAAAAUUUGUGCCCCUUAGCACAAGAAUUUGCAAAUUGAAAAAGAGGCACUCAGAGAGAAGUUGCGAGAGGAGAACGCCAAGCAAACAAGAAUCAGAAGGGAAAUUUUGGAUUCUGCAGACAUCAUAUGUACCACGCUCAGUGGGGCAGGGAGUGAAAGCUUGAAGAAUGACUUGCAGUCGGACAGAAGGUUAGUUUCGUGUCUUGCUUAUGUUGAGGAAUCAUUGUUAUUUGUGUUCACUGAUUUUUUUUCUCUUGGUUUGUAGGCGUAUCUGCCCUUUCAGUUGUGUCAUUGUUGACGAGGUAAGACCACUGAACCAAUUGCUGGUUUGCAGGUGACGUCACGGCGGCCAUGUUGGUGGUCAAGAACAAAAGCAUUUCUCUCCUCUGGGAACUAAACUCUAUUUUCAUGUAAAUUCUUCGAGGAAAUAUUCUUUUAUUUUGACCCCCAACGUGGCCACCUUGUCACGUGGUUGCAAACCAAGAAUAGUCCAGUUUCGAAUUAAAAAUUACCGCUGAAUACAAACAUUAGCGACACAUUCGUACAGGGUUAGCCUCGACGUAAAGUAAAAGAUUCAGAAAUUCUGGCAAGUAAGUGUUUGAAAUUUGAAUAUACACAAUAGACAGAGAAAUAAACAGGUCUUUUUCUCGUUGGAAUUUGUGAAUAUAUUACCCCAGAUGGAGGCUUAGGCUGUAAAAAAUGCGUCUUCACUUCUUUAAUUCAGCGGUCAUGGCGAACUCGAAAAUGGACUAUUGUAAAUAUAGUGUCUUGUUCUCACAGUGGUGCGCUUAAACAUAUUUAACAUUUAUUCCACCAGUGCGCGUUGGCUGUGGGUGUGUUCCUUUCAGCGAAUCCCAAAACGGAUUUUUGAUCCUAGAUUUGCCGGAUUUCGCGGUUGGAAGAGGACGCGAAAUCCGAAAUUGGAUUUGUAACCUUGGUAACCUUUCGCAAACACGUGCAAGAAAUGACGUGUCUAAUCACAGGUAACCCAGGCUCUGUGAUAGUACCAUAGUAAGGUUCCAGUAAAAUUACAGUGUUUGUAUGGGGUAAAAAUAUCAUCCUAAAAUUUCUAGGAAAUACUAAAUAAAGAUCAAUGAAACUUACUCUGCAGUUAAUUGUUGUUGUCCUUAUUGCUCCAACGAAGUUUCGUGAUAAUUUGCAGUAAUUUGUUCAAAUUCACUCUUUCUACAAUAAUAAUAUACAAGGUAGGAAACACGAGGUGCCAUUUUCGUCGACAUGCUCUCAUUCAACACAACUUUUUCCACGAAAUUCGAACUCCAACUGAAAAUAAACAUGCCAGGAUCGCAGAAAUAGGAUAGCAGGAGAUAUAGAAACCAAUGAAGCUUUCCCAGAUAGAGAAACGAAUCCCACAGACUUUGACAAACUCGAAGAAUAUAAUCCAAACACACCGAGAAUACGCUCGCAGAAGCAGCCGGGCCAGAUCAACGCGCGGCCAAGAAAAUGAGGCCUGGGCACUGUACAAAAAAAAUUCCAUCCCGGGGGUCCUGGGGUGACCUUUCUAGGGACCGAUACAUCAUUUGCCCAAAGCCACCCUCCCCUGCUGGAAAAAUACUUGAUAGAAGGCAAUUGUUCUUCCAAGCCAAUCACCAUUUGCCAGAGCAAACCCCGCACACGCGCCUGAAUUUAAAUGGCUAAAAAAAAAAGUAAUAUAAUCAGGAGAGUCUGCGGAGUUACAAGGCGUCCCAUUUCUUUUACUAAGGAAUGCAAAUAACAGUAAUGAAACUAAUGAAAUAACAACGCGAAAUGCUUACAAGGCGGGCUAAAAACAAGGUUGAACAAAAGGUAGAUGAUGACUGAGAUACUGUUGCUGUGAACUCUCGAGCGAAACUAUCGUAAAUAAACGGUGAAGCUUACAAACUAAUGUCAAAAAUUAUACAGAAAAUUGCGACAGAAUAUGAAUUGCGAUAACUGAGACGAUUGUGAAAGGCACGUGCACUAGUAAACAAAGAACUAGCGCGAUUAACAUAUUUAGCGAUUAAUGCGGCAGUAACAUGCCGACUUCUUGUCAAUACAAGUGAACGCUCUAUCGGUUAAAUAGGCGAAUCAUCGUGAUACACCUCUCUUUGAAUUUGGUCCCUUUGUACAAAUGCCUCGGUAAGAGCCCAAAUUCACUUAUAUCUUUUGCUCGUUUUAAGUUUUGUAAAUCGUCCUUCGUUGUUCUUUCCUUUGCCCUUAUAACCUUGCCCUAUUGAUGUUUGAUAAACUUUCUGAGGACCAGCGCCAGGAGCUGAAUAUAGUUCGAGAGGAAAAUAAUCUCUUUAUAACAGGCCAUAGUGAUUGGCUAGGAAGAACAAUUGCCUUCUAUCAAGUAUUUUUCCAGCAGGGAAGGGUGGCCUUGGGCAAAUGAUGUAUCGGUCACCCCAGGACCCCCGGGAUGGAAUUUUUUUGUACAGUGCCCAGGCUUCAUUUUCUUGGCCGCGCGUUGAUCUGGCCCGGCUGCUUCGGCGAGCGUAUUCUCGGUGUGUUUGGAUUAUAUUCUUCGAGUUUGUCAAAGUCUGUGGGAUUCGUUUCUCUAUCUGGGAAAGCUUCAUUGGUUUCUAUAUCUGCUGCUAUCCUAUUUCUGCGAUCCUGGCAUGUUUAUUUUCAGUUGGAGUUCGAAUUUCGUGGAAAAAGUUGUGUUGAAUGAGAGCAUGUCGGCGAAAAUGGCACCUCGUGUUUCCUACCUUGUAUAUUAUUAUUGUAGAUAGAGUGAAUUUGAACAAAUUACUGCAAAUUAUCACGAAACUUCGUUGGAGCAAUAAGGACAACAACAAUUAACUGCAGAGUAAGUUUCAUUGAUCUUUAUUUAGUAUUUCCUAGAAAUUUUAGGAUGAUAUUUUUACCCCGUACAAACACUGUAAUUUUACUGGAAACUUACUGUGGUACUAUCACAGAGCCUGGGUUACCUGUGGUCUAAUCUUUCACUCCGCGGUUGUGAAUUACUGUAGGACAUACACAUCCGUCAUUGCAUCGAUAAAAUGGACACCCCACCAACAUAAAGCUCCCCUUCCUUACGUCUCCGGGGUAUCCUACCAGCCGCUGUUCGGGAAAUAUGAACACGUGCUCCUCCCUUGCACAGACGGCUGGACGCGUUUCUUCUCGGAGUUGACCGAGAGAGCGGUGGAAAUCGAGGCAAGUUCUGGUAAUAAUUUCUUAAAAAUGACUUUGUUGUAAAUAUCUCAUUGUCAGGCGUGUCAAACUACUGAACUGGAUUUGCUCAUCCCUCUUCAAUAUAUGGCAUCUAAACUAGUGCUGGUCGGAGAUCCUACACAGUUGCCGCCCACAGUACUGUCGACGGUAAGGGAAAUCACUUUUAGGCUUCGAUUACACGUAUCUGGAUAUUUUUGAAAACGGAGAUGUUUUUCCUUCCUUUUUGAAAAAAAAAAAAAAGACCCGACCACAUAUAGCGUAUCGCCCUUCCACACAAAAAGGUUAAAACAAUGGAAAUAUGCUAGCACCCCUUACAGGGCAUGCGCUGUAUGAUGUAUGACAUCCUAGUAUUCGAAACCUCUAUUUACGUCCGUCCACACGAAAAUAGUAAGCCAGCGUUUUCAUAAAACUCCACUCGGAGGACCGUUUUCGAAAAUCUGCAAUUUUGGUGCCAGAAAACGCCGUUUACGUGUGAACGGAAGGCUGAAUCGGAGACAAUAAUCUCUGUUUUCAAAAAUGUCUGGAUACGUUUGGACCGAGGCUUAUCUUUACGUAAAAGUGCAAAGUUAGCUUGAAAUCUAUUCGUGUUGAGUUACGUUUCGUAGUCAGCUCUACCGCUAAUAAUUUGUUUUUUUUUUAUGAAUAAUCUUAGAAAGUGAAGGAAAACCUAUUUGGACGUUCCAUGUUUGAACGACUCGAUGCACACUUCCGAGAUCAAGGUUAGUUCAAUCCAGAUUCUAGGUGUCUGACAAGGACUUUCACAACCUCUUUCCCAGGACCCUUUCCCCUUGCUUCAGGGGACGAGUAGGAGAGGACCCUGGGAACGAGGUUGGGACUUACAAAGCACGUAACCAAGUAUCCAUGAUACUCAUUACUAGCGCCCCACUGGCCACCCAGUUCAGUGGUAAAACAAUUUAAAUGCCUAUUGUUGUUGGGUACUCCACCGAAUUUACCCAAGUGUUUGGCAGUACAAAAACAACUAAAUCAAUCCCGAAUUGUUUGUUAAACGCCAAGUUGCAGCUUAUCGAAUAUUUCUCAUUACGCUCGUUGAGAAGCCGUAAGAAACGUACUUGUUAUUUAGCUAUGUGUAAACGGACACCUCUAUAAGACGGACACCUCGGUAAAACGGACACCUAGAGUUGGUCCCUUCUUUUCUUUACUCCCUUUAUUUAACCCUUUCACUGCCAAAUGUAGCCAAAGGUAAAUUUCGACCAAGUUUGCAAAUUUCAUUUUGUAAAAUUUUGAAAAACAAAUGGCAGAAUGUGACAGUACAGGCAGAGAGCUUUCAUUUGAACGGUCACAUCAGAGGAUUUCGUCCACAGACUCAAAAGUUAGCGUCAUCUUACAAAACUCCACCAAGCACUCUGGCAGUGAAUGGGUUAACUCUCUAAAAGACGGACAUCUCUUUAUGGCCGGUCUGAAAAGUGUCCGUCUCAGAGAGUGUCGACUGUGUUUACGUUUCUGUUGUCCAAUAUAGAAACAUAUAAGUGACGAUGCGGGCGUCAUCAGCUGGCUUAUGCUUUUAAAAUACUGAAAUUUGUUCUUCAUUAGAUUGGGAGAAUACGGUAAUUAUGCCAGAGGAGCAAUACCGCAUGCAUCCAGAAAUUGCUCGCUUUCCCUCUGUGCACUUCUAUAACUCACGCCUGAAAAGCCACAGGUAACUAAAGAUACUUUACCACUCUUUUUGUGUUUGAUCGCGAACUUUUCAAAGCUUGUUCUAGUAUUUGUUGUUAAAAUUUUUUGAGGAAGGAUUUGGUUAAAGAAGAUUUUUAUAGAACCUUACGUUAAUAUUACAGCUCAUUGGAGACGAGGGCAUUUCCACUUGACAGACACUACGCCCUUUUUGACGUCCAUCGGGGAGAAGAAACAGGCCUGGAAAAAGGGUAUGGUUAUAAAGUUGAUAUUUUGUCUUUAGAAUAGUAUUUGCUUUAAAUUCCCACUUUCAGUCUGUCGAGUUUAUCUCAACAACUGUUUCUAUAGCCGUACCUAUGUCCUUUUCGGACGUCCAAAUCGGCAUUAAAGCGUCAAUUAUUGUUCUUUUACAAUUUUUUGUUCGUUAAUUAUGAGUUAAAAAUAAGAAAGAACGAAGUAUAUAUGUUUUCAUUUUUGAAGGGAAUUGUGGAAUCCGGUUGAGGCAGAUAUGAUUGCUGAUUUGUGCGGUCACUUAGUCAAGGUCCUCGACGCAAAGUCCAUCGGAGUAAUCACUCCUUACCGUAAUCAGAGAAGCGAGAUCCAGAAACGUCUUUUAACGAGGUUAGUUUCCUGGACCUUGUUUAGACCAAGAUGAAAAUUUUUCUACACAAUUAGUUUGGCCGAUUCAUUGUAAACUACUUGACUAUUAUUGCUACCGUAAAUGAUAUGAUAGACGCCUGCGGCGUUUAAUUUUAGCCGGAUCCAAGAGAGGGCGUUUGACAGAUUUGAGGCGUUUAAAAAAGAGAGAGGCGUUUAUUCUCAUAACUGUAGCAAGCUCAACAAAACCAAUAUGCUUUCGGAGAAAAUAUCAGUACAGUAUAUAAAGAGCAAAAAUUCCAGCCCAUACAUUGAUACGUCUAGGCCGUCCAGAGAUCGGCAUAUUGCUCUUUUAAAUCUCAACUUUGAUCUCAAAGUCCUCAUUCAGAGUCAUUGUGCUUUGAUCGUUAGCCUAUCCCUUCUUUGAACUUGACAUUGAAUUGAAUUAUUUUGCUCCUGUUUUCUAUUUCCUAGUACUUUGUAGAGAAAGUCAUUGGGGCGUCUAUUAGGCAGGGGGCGUUUUAUGCUAGAGAGGCGCGUCUAAUUCGAACUUAAAAACGUAAGGGAGUCGUUCAUUAGAGGAGAGGCGUUUAUUUGAGAGGGACGUCAAUUAGAUCAUUUACGGUACUUCUAUCACCACCACCAGCGACGCCGUCUCUGUCGCCGUUGCCGUUGCUACUGCUACUGCUAAACUGCUUCUACUUCGGCUGCUGCUUCUGCUACUAAUACGACUAAAGCUACAAGUCUUUCUUCUACCAAGUCAUCUCCGUCUUAUUCUCUUAUGUUCCUAUUGUGUCGUACUUAGACGCCCUUUAACUGACCGCGGUAGUAGAGCUGAUCAGAUAGUUUUUCUGUUCCUUUCAGAGGUGGUGCUACAAGUGUUAUCGAAGUGGAAAAAGUUGAUUGUUUUCAGGUAUUUAGUUUUGUAUAAUAAGGUUCAGUUCUCUGUGAAGUUGAGGUAUUGUUAUUCAAGCCGAUUUUGUUGUUUUCUUAGGGGAGGGAGAAAGAUGUCAUUAUUUUGAGCUGUGUUCGUACAAAGACUUAUCAUGGCUCUAUCGGGUAAGAGAUCAGUUUCUGAAACUAAAUAACAAAUGGUUAAGUUAUCUCUUGUCUCUUACGGGACAAGCUCAUUGCACCAGGUCAAGCUAGAUAUAAAACCCAUAGUAGGCUAUUUUUUAUCUAGGAAGGUCAAAUAUUUAUUCACAAUUUUCAAUAAACACACGCACAUUAGUUCAGUGGGUGGAGACUACAACUGCGGGGGAAAUUGCCACAAGUACAUUACAUUUUUUAAUAAGUCGUGUUCACUGAGCCGAAGCGAACCUGGUGAUGCGAUAGAAACUACAAGGCACAGUUUCGUUGACAACAAGAAAUUUUGGACGUGAGCCUGCGAUCAACUAAAACCAAUAACUGGUCAGCGGAUAACUUAAAGAAAACACGUCACCUAAAUAAGUUGUACACUUGAGCCCGCGAUACAAUCAGGUGGCACUAGUCAGCGAAAACCCUUUUUGGCAGCUGUCAAUUGACCAUAACAUAAAUGUCCACUAUAAAGUUAAAUACAAUUGUACGAACAUUAACCACAAAGGACUGCAAAGGACCGCAAACGAAUAUGCCGCAGAACGUAGGAUCUAUUAAGACGUGAUCAACAAAAAUAGCAAAUUCUGCAGUGCUGAUCGUACUACAUGAAAAUGAACUUUGCAAGACAUCAACACGACACCGAAAGAACCCAAAACAGAGGGGUUUGUAGCCGAGACGGUCUUUAAAGCUGUUACUGCUGUCUACGGCUACAACCCCGCUCUGUUUUGGGUUCUUUCAGUGUCGUGUUGAUGUCUUGCAAAGUUAAAUUUUGCGUAGUACGAUCAGCAUUGCCGUCAUAUUGUACAUGCCCUGGACACCAAGCUAGUAAUGCUCGGUCAUUACAAGAAAAUAAUGCCUGUUGCAGCCAUAUAAUAAGAGUUCUUAUUUGGUUUCUCUUUUUUUUAUUUUUUCAAUAUUAGCUUUGUUGCUGAAAAACGGCGAAUGCAUGUCGCCCUCACAAGGGCUAGACAGUCUUUGUUCGUUUUUGGAGACAUGGAAACACUUAAGGUAAUAGCUUAUUUUUUGAUGAGAAAUGACUUAAAUUGCUGUUUGUCGUUAUGUAAUACAGCAUGGUACGAUUGAAUUUAAAUGAUGUGGGGCCAUAAAAAUAUCUUUUGAAACAACAUGCAUGGCGGUAGCAGUAAUAUUUGUCCGAGAAAGACCCGAGUUCAAUCUAACUACCAUCGAGUUUCUUUUCACCGUGAAAAGCAAAGAUACAUAAAAGUAAAUUCUAAACGAUGUUAGUCUGUAUUGGAAACAUAUCCUGACGUUAUAUUUUCGGAGUUCUUCUGAGGAUCUUUUGCAGAAUUUUGAAAAAGAAUGAGCAAUUUUCUCGCAACAUUCACAUAGAAAGGGUGAAACUUUAGGAACAUAUUCGACAUUUUUGCAGCUAAAUCAUUAAAUGUAGUGGGCGGAAGACUCAUGGAUACUUGGAGAUGUGAAAGAAUUCUUCAUCUCUGUCGAUAGGAAAGAAGUAGAAAGUCUGUCUGAGCUCUCAUGCACGAUUUUUGUUUAUUAACAACGUCAGGACCCCUCUUAAUUCAUUAUGACUAGCAGAUUGUGUUGUUGUUCGCAGGGUGUUUCUGAGGAAUGGAAAGCGUUGAUUGAGGACGCGCAUGAAAGAAGUUGUUGCUAUCAGGUUGCUUCUUCGAAGGAUGUACAGUCCGUUAUCUCUUUAAGGAAUGAUAGACGGUCACCGGCGAAAGACCCUCGAUUACAUAACAAAAUCGUUCCGCGAAGCCAGAGCAGUAACCGCAACGUAAUUGAUACAAAUCGUCGCUUGCAUCGAGAGAAUAUGUCAGAAAAUCAAAGAGCAAGUCCAGCUUUAAAGAAUGAAGGACACCUGCUGAUAACCAUUGCGUCUUCGGAGGGUGAGCAGACCGUACGUUCCAUCACUGUAACACCUGGGAAUGAUAGACGCUCUCCUGUUAGAGACCAUCGAUUAGAGGACAGAGAGGACACAAUAGCUUCGAGUUUACGGUGGGAUGACACUGACGUUCCUGAAACACGUCGUCCCUCGCAUCGAAUUAACAUGUCAGAAGAUCAAACAGCAAGCCUAGCCUCAUCGAAUCAAGGACAAAUGUUGAUAACCGUUGUGUCGUCCUUGGAGGAUACACAACCCGUACGCCGUUCCAUCACUGCAAAGAAUGAUAGACACUCGCCUUUUAGAGACCAUCGAUUAGAGCGUAAGAAUGUUGCUCCGACAAGACGGCUGAGUGACACUAACACUCCCGAAACGCGUCGUCCCCCGUAUCAAGUUAACAUGUCAGAAGAUCAAGCAGUAACUUCAACUCUUCGCAAAGAACACGAUGGGAAUGAACGUGUGUCUCGCCAUCAGGAUCGUUCUCGUUCUUCGCGUUCCAGAGAUCGAUCCCGUCGUUCACGCUCCAGGGAUCGUGCAUUCUACAAGGGACGAUCCUCUUGGCACAGGGAUUACGAUGCCAAUGAAGGCAGAUCGCACCACAGAAAAGACAAUGAGAAAGAAAGUCGUUCAAGCCGCCGGGAUCACUAUGAGGAGGAAGGCAGAGGUGGAGGCUGGUUUUCUAGGCACAAAGAACAUCAUGAAAAACGAAGUUCUUCACCUCACAAAGAUCGUCGAAAAGGCAAAGAAGGUGGGGCCUCAAGGUACCGUAGUUAUGAUCGAAGGGACGAUAGUUUAACACAGAAACAAAUAUACGAGAAAGAUAGUAACUUGCGAAAUAGAGAUUACAGCGCAAAAGGAAGCUGCAGCCACGCAGGUCGUCAUCAUGAAAUAGAAGGUAACUCGAGGCAUGGAUAUGAUCUUCGGAAGAACAAGGAAAUUUGUGCUGCUACUAAUGCAUAUAGUGACGAUGAUCAUGAGAGAAGCAAGGAAAGUAGGUCAAAGGGGGAAAGCUACGGUGCAAGGAAAUUUAAGAGAUAUCAUUCCGACGGAAUAAUCGGUAGACAACAUCACAGGACACAAUCACCAACUACAAAAAGGCAAAUAUUUGGAAAUGCCCCAAGGGACUGUGGUGAAGAAUACAAACACCAGGAAGAGCAAAUGGAGAGAGACGAAAGCACCAAAAGAUCUAGAUUUGAUGAACCUACCAUUAGUCCUCAUGCUACAGCUUCGGUCUCAGUUUUAAAGGCUACCUCUUCCUUUGAAGAAAGUGGAGUAGAUUGCAACCGGUAUUCGUUUCAGUUGGGUUCCAGAGAAAUUCGAAGAAGUCCUAGAGCGUGUGAUGCCAUUUCUGCUGGUACCAUUUCUUCAAACAGUGCGGGUACAGAAAUGGGAACACAAGACCAUGCGUUGGCUUCUGUCAUAGAAAAACUUCGGUAUUAUGCCCCUAGGUAUUUUGGACAACACCAACGGCUCGAAGGGGCAACAACUAAAGCAACUACAUCAAAUUCCCCUGAUAGAUUAUUACCGCCAACGUCAUCUUCUAAAACUAGUGAGACGAUCGCCCUGACUCAUUCACGCAGCCCACUUUCUGAAACUUCCGAAAACACUGCCCUAAAUGGCUCGUCGAGGUCAGCUACUGAAGCUAGUGCCAGUACAUGUAUGACAUCAGCGGGCCCAUUUAAGAGAGAAGGUGCAAUCAUUGUGCCCGCUGGCGUAUCAGGGUCGCGUACGCAAACUGUGCCGGCAGACAUCACAACUUCUGGUUUUUCGAGGUCAUCCCUUGAAAGGGUCGCAAACAAAGCUAAAGGCAUUUGCAGCUUUUCAAGCUCAGAUAGGGAAGGAAUAGCGAUGGCUGGUUUACAAAAGUCAUUUUCUGAGACUGCUACAAAUACCGCCCAAGUUAAUCCACCAAUGUCUCUCCCUUACAUAGCUGAAGCCAUUAAAUCAGAUUGUAAGAAUACGGCCGCUACAGUGCAAACAUACCAACAUCCUCCAAAGGCUUUUUCUACUGUUAUUUCAGGCCAAUCUGUUGCAACUGCGGUCCCAGUUUUGUCCAACACAAGACUCUCUGACCCUGAACAUCCGUCUGGUCGCAGUGCCAAAAAUGAUGAGCUAGAUCCAAGUGCCCAAAAGGCGGCGAACGUUGUAAGACAGCGGCAUCCUCCUCCUGCACCUAUUCCUAUAAUCCAAGCUGUAGGUCCUCGUAGGAGAAUAUCUCGUGUCAACUCAAACGAUGCUGGGGUUAAUACACUGAGAGAAAGGGCCAGCGAAACGGCAACUGUACAGAAAAGAAAAGACGACAAUGUUACUUCACCAAAUAAAAUUGAUAAGAAAAAGCUGUGUGAAAGCUUUAGGGGCAGAAAGAGUUGGAACUAAUGGAUAUCACUAAAACCUCGCAAGUUUGAAUCAAGGACACCCUCGUGGUCUCAGACCUCGAUCAAGGGUUCCGCGCGGCCUCCACUAAAACUCUACGGUCUAUGAUUAGAUGAUCUCGUUAUGACGGGUUGCCCACCAUAAAAAGAUAGGAAACAAUGAAUCUUGAUGGAUUGGUAUUGGCCUUCUACGUACAAGGAGACAAGAGAUAAGAGAUAUGUUAACUGACAAAAAUACCAUACCAGAAGAUCGAAUCUUUUCAAUAAGGAGUGUCAAGGCAUACACUCUUUUUUGGGGUUUGAAGUAAGAACGACAAUGAACCAGUGCAACGUAACAGCUACCGACCAGAUGACUGAUGGUGCUAUUUCAAUAAGCAAAAAUUUCCAUCGAUUUCAAUUCCACAGCAAUCAGUUAACAGGGGCUUCCACGGACGGUUUCCUCCUAGAUACUUUGAAACACUCAUUUUAGCCGCCAAUCCGAGUGGAAUAAUUUAGCUGAUAAGAUAGAAGCUUCAAGAGUCGCUCUCUAUAUUUAAGAGAAAUUUGCAACAAAUGUCAUUGUCAUCUGCAUUUGACUGCGGCUGUGUCCUCUGUAAAUAGGAUGUUUAUUAUUUUAUUUUUAUUCUAAGUAUUUUAUUUUAAAUAUUCUCCGUAA